UUGUGGACCUCGACAACCCUAAAGCGACAUAACAAAAAUGCAAAUUUCGGAUAGCAUUAACAUAUUUAUGUUUUGAACUCAAGAAACUCAAGAAGCAAAAAAAAUGCAUAAUUAGUUCUUCUCCGAAUUUAAAUUAAUUAAUCUUUAAAAUCAUAAAACAUAACGAACACAAUUAAAAAUGUAUGAAAGUGAGGCGAAUAAUAAGAUUUAUAAAAGUUUUCGUAUGCAUCGGAAGUCGCAAAGUAAAAUGGAUAUGAUUCGUAGAUUGAUAAGUGUAGGCAUAGUUCUUCAGUUAAUAUCGAAUAUUGGUCUCAGUAAUGGUGCUAUUAGAUCAAUACGGCUCGUCAUUGAACCGAUUGGUGUACGACGAGGACAAAGUGCUACGCUUCGUUGUUUAUAUGAUCUUGAUGGGGCACCGCUGUUAUCAUUGCAAUUUUAUCGUGGAUCUGGCGAAUUUUAUCGAUAUUCACCCACACAAAGUCCAACAAAAAAAGUUUUUCCAUUGUCUGGAAUCAAUGUUGAUACUGCAGCAUCUAAUGCAACGCAGGUGGUUAUAAAAAAUGUAAGCUUCGGUCUUUCGGGGAAUUUCUCAUGUGAAGUUACGGCAGAUUCCCAAUCAUUUUCAACAGCAUCAGCAACGGCACAAAUGAUGGUUGUAGAAUUUCCUGAGACCCGACCAACACUUUGGACGGAAAGAGAACGUUAUGAGCCGGGCGAUGUUUUAAGAGCCAACUGCAGUUCACCACCAUCACGACCUCAAGCUGAGCUUACUCUUACUAUAAACAACAUUGUGGUUUACUCGACUGACGUGCAAUAUUUCAAGACAAUUGAAGGUCGUACGGCUACAAGAAUCGGUAUGAGACUUCAAUUACAGAGCAUUCACUUCGGUGGUGGUCCGGUGAUGAAUGGCGGUGGUCAACUUAUUCUUAGAUGCACCGCACAGAUAGGAAAUUUGUAUCAAGAGUACUCAGAGAAAGAAUUGGGUGUUCCACAAAAAGAUCCCAUUCCAGCGAGAGUUACCUCGUCAAUUGCCAUAGCUUCUGCAGCAUCUCUUCUUUAUACGCUUCUUACAGCUUUCGUCACAUUGACACACCAGCAUUUGAGAUAGUUAAUUAAAAUGAAGAACUAGAAUCUCGCCUUUUGCGAGACUUUCUAACAAGAUGAAAAGAAAGAUGUGAAUCUAAGUUUCUUUCCAAGGAAAUUGUUUUAGAAACGCGAAAAGUAAAAUUGCGAUUUUUCUGCUCCUUCGAAAAUAGUUAAAAACUUUUAAUUUCUUACUUUCUCAUUUUAAAUAAAAUAUCAUCAUAAAGAAAAAUGUAAAAUGAAGGAACAACUUAUAUGAAAAUAAUCAAAGAUUCCUUAAAUAUUUUGAGUUCAUCAAAAAUUGACAAACAUUGUUGGAAUCUGUCAUGUUAACGAAAAUUCUGGAAUCUUUUUUGUUUUACAUUUUUUUAAUACAUAGAUAUUAUUUGUGAUAAGGGUAUGGAAAAUUAAAUAAACGUAAAAUGAACUUUCCAAUGAUGUAAAAGUUCUCAGAAUUAGAAUAUGGAUAAACUAAAUAUUGUACAUAGACUUAAAUUGCCGAUAGUAAUUUGCAAAACAUUACAUAUCGAAGAACCGGAAAGCAAUCAAUUUCAUGCAAUAAUUUGCGAAUUGAUACGUUUUCCGGGAUACGAUAUAAAUGCAUUUGAUUAUUAUCCACAUGUAUUCAUACAUUCUGGACUUUGAUUAUGUUUGUUUUCGAAAUGAAAGGCUCGAGGCGAAUAUUUCUGUUUCAAUUACUGAUUCACAUAACUAAAGCAAUCACUUGAUUUCACAUUUUAAAUUUUCUAUCCAAUUUUCACGCUCUUUCUGUAAUGAAUGGAACUUUAAACCAUCACUGAACUUUGAACACGAGAUAUUUUAUUUUGAAACUUUGUAUAGUCAAAGUCAUUAUUCACUUACACGAAAAAGCAGGAAAACAAGUCCUAAAGUUUAAAGAUUAAAUUUGGAUGCUAAAAUCAGUAAGAGGGAAAAUUGUAAAUAAAGCAAUUAAGAAACUAAAAUAAGUCACUUCAUUCCAGUUGCAAAAAAAAUGAAAUUGGGGCGAUAAUGAAAAUCAGAAUAAAGAAGUAAUAAAGUUCUUUUUUUUUGUCUCGAUGAGAGAUUGGAAGAUUUACUGCAAAAUGAAUUUUUCCUUGUCUGCAAGUUUUCACAUAAAAUAAAAUUAAAAGAAAAUAGUGAAAAUGAAAUUUAAAUUGAAUUAAUUUUCUGUCCCUUCACUACUUAGAUGUUUUCCUCUACCGUGACUUCCUUUUUUGGAUUGUUUUUUUGUGGCAAAUGUGGGCCAAACAUUUCACAAAUUAUGAACAAUUCAAAAACUAAGUGAGGAAGAACAUAAUGAAUAAAAGCGAGAAAACUUUUUAAGUUUUGAAAUGCACUUUGUGCUAAUAAGAACUUCAUUUCAUUCUUAUUUUUCCAUUUGCCAAAGAAAUGUUUACACAAAAAAUGUUGAAUGAAUCUAUGAAAAGAAAACAUAAAAACCAAAUUUUCGUUUUGUGAAUUUUUUUUUAUUUUCGCCAUAAAUGUUUGUAUUGUUGAUGUAAAGAAAUAUAAAAAUAAAGAGAAAAAUAUGACAAAAAAAAAAACAGAGGAUAAUAAAAAAGAAAGACAUUAUCAUAGAUG